AUGGCAAUUUUUGCUAUAUUCUUAUACAUCUUAAAGCCUACCACCCACACAAUCUUUGCUGCCGACUAUGCCAUGGCUUGCAAAGUUCAGACAAGUUCUGCCACCCAUAUAGCAGCACUCAAGCGCCAAAUAUAUACCAAUCCAAAUUCUUUAAAGCUUGGAAGUAUUGUAAUACGAAGAGACUGUGUUUCGGAGGGUCGUUUUGCAAGACAAAGACAUGACAAGAAGAUAAAUAAUAAUAUAAAACUUCCGACUAAGUUAUCGCCAGGUUUCCACAAGAUGUCUGUUUGGAAAAAAGAAAUGUUUUUAUCAUGUUUCUGUACUGUAUAA